GUGAGCCAAUUUAAAAGGUAGCAUUUCACAACUCAUAACCUCAUAAACUGAGGUGACUUUAAAGACAAAUAAUCUAGUUUCAAGCUUCUUUAACUUGAAUUAGUUCAUUUCUUAUAUGAAACCAAACAGGCUUAAAUCCAAGUCUUUUUUAAAGCUAGUUUUAAGGUUAGAUCAUGUUGGAUGGUGAGAUAGAUUUUAUUCUAGUUUCAAGAAAACCUAAGUCAUUUUUGCUUACCCCUUUGGCAUAUUUUCUUGCUUGAAAUAAUAAAAUUUCACCAGUUCAAAAAAUAUUUUGUACCGUUUCAAGUAGGGGAGUUUUUGCAGUGUAUUUAUUUCUUAAAUCCUACUUAUAUAAUGUCUUUUUAUAGCUACCUCCUUGAGUUUCUUGUGUAUAUAUCUGAAUUGCCUUGUGUACAGGUGGUAUGCAAUACAUUUUCCUUGCUUCAUUAUUGUUGUUAUUAUUUUAUUACUAUAUAAUAACCCAGAGCAAAGUUCCACCGGGAUGACCGGGGCCUUGGAGGCACCACCUCCUGCACAGACAGCGCUGCCUGCAGGAUAUCACGGCUCCUCUCCCUCCAUCCAUCCGUCCAUCCAUCAGUUGUAUGUGUCGUUAGCCCGGCAGCAGCAGCAGCAGCUAGCAGCUCUCCAGGCCACAGCGGCCGGCCGGUGCAUCCUCAGCUUCCAGCCAUGGCGUUGGUUACUCUGCAGCGGUCCCCGACCCCGAGCGCCGCAUCCACUGCCAGCACAACUACCACGACCGCAGGGGAGGAUUUUGGGAGUGAAGAUGAACGGCGAAUAAAUCAAAGCCUGAGCGAGAGCUUCUUCAUGGUGAAGGGUGCUGCUCUCUUCCUGCAGCAGGGGAGCAGUCACCAGGGCCAGAAAGCACAUCCUCACCACAAACAUGCAGGCGACUUACCUCAGCACCUGCAGGUGAUGAUAAACAUUCUUCGCUCGGAGGACAGAAUCAAACUGGCGGUGCGGCUGGAGAGUGCAUGGUCAGAUCGUGUGCGGUACAUGGUGGUGUUGUACACCAGUGGGCGACAGGACACAGAGGAGAACAUCCUACUGGGAAUCGACUUUACCAACAAAGACUGCAAAAGCUGUUCGAUCGGCAUGGUGCUACCUCUGUGGAGUGAUACAAAAAUCCAUCUGGAUGGAGAUGGGGGCUUUACUGUGAACACAGCGGGUCGGACUCAUGUCUUCAAACCUGUGUCAGUGCAGGCUAUGUGGUCAGCUAUCCAGGUGCUGCACAAGGCGUGUGAGGUGUCACGCAGGUACAACUACUUCCCCGGAGGUAUGGCUCUCACCUGGAUGGGCUACUACGAGAGCUGCAUUGCUUCAGAUCAGAGCUGCAUCAACGAGUGGAACGCCAUGAAGGAUUUGGAGACAACAAGGCCAGAUUCGCCCACCAUGUUUGUCGACAAGCCUUCAGAAAGAGAGAGGACAGAGUGCCUUAUUAAAGCCAAACUCAGAAGCAUCAUGACGUGCCAGGAUCUUGAGAAUGUCACCUGCAAACAGAUCCGUACAGAGUUGGAGCAGCACAUGAACUGCAACCUGAAGGAGUACAAAGAGUUCAUCGACAACGAGAUGCUGCUGAUCCUGGGCCAGAUGGACAAAGCCACUCUCAUCUUUGACCACGUCUACCUGGGCUCUGAGUGGAAUGCAUCUAAUUUGGAGGAGCUGCAAGAGUCAGGAGUGGGCUAUAUCCUCAACGUUACCCGGGAGAUAGACAACUUCUUUCCAGGCACAUUCAGUUAUCACAACAUACGCGUCUACGAUGAAGAGGCCACUGACCUGCUGGCUCACUGGAAUGACACGUACAACUUCAUUGUUAAAGCAAAAAAGAACCACUCCAAGUGUCUAGUUCACUGCAAGAUGGGCGUCAGUCGGUCUGCCUCCACCGUCAUUGCUUACGCCAUGAAGGAGUUUGGCUGGUCACUAGAGAAGGCUUACAACUUUGUCAAGCAAAAGAGGAGCAUCACACGACCUAAUCCAGGUUUCAUGAGACAGCUGGCAGAGUACGAGGGAAUCCUAGAUGCCAGUAAACAGCGUCACAACAAGCUGUGGCAUCCAGAUGGAGACUGCGAGAUGGCAGAAGGGCAGCAGGGGUUGUCCCAGUGUUGUGGGGGAGAGGAGGGAGGCCACCUGACCCCAGAGCCGGGGAUGUCUCCCUGCUGUGAGGAGGUGUUGUCUGAUAAAGGUGCAGCAUGCCCUUCCCCAUGCAGGACUGUUUCACUCGAAAUUGAUCCCGCCUACAACAACUAUUAUUUCCGCCGGCUCUCUGACUCAGCGCUGGACAGUGAGCCCUCAACACCUGUGCGCGGCCCUCCCCUCCUGGGCAUGGAGAAGGUCUUCAUAGAAAUCGAGGACGUGGAGCGGGACGCCCUGCUGGACGACGAAGCAUUUGAUGGGCGAGAAGGUCUGCCGCUGCCCCCUUUUGGGCCUACAGCAGAGGGUACUGCUGCUCAGACGAGCAGCCGUGGUCCGGAGCCCCUGGAGGAGCUACGUCUGCGGCUGGAGUUUAGCACAGUGGAGGAGGAGGAUGAAGAGGAGGUGCAAAAGGAGGAGGCAGAGAUGGAGGUACUCAUGCAGCCAGAUGACGGAGGGGGUGGGGAAGGAGGUGGAGGAGAGGAAACGCAAGAUGUGGAGGUAGAAGGGGAUACGGAGGGUAACGGGAUGGACCUGGCGACCCUGAAUGAAAAUUCCAACAACAACAACAACCAUUUGAGCACACCAGUUAAUCUCUAUGAAAAAGCUUCAUCUAUCCCUCUUCCACCUUCUUCGGAUUCCAAGUCCAAGCAGAAAGAAGUCUCUCCAACCAUGGUUUCAAAGCUUUGCCUUAACCCCAGUCCUGUUGAAGUCCCAACUGUUUCAUUCCCACCAUCCCAUACCUCUUCUGAAGGCCUCCAGCCUUCAGUGGGACUGUUGCGCCCCUGUGGCCCUCUGUGUGACUGUGCCAACUGUACUGCCUCCCCUCCUGCAGCUCUAAUCGACAGAGAGGGGCAGCCAGGAGACUCACCGCACCUAGAGGAUGCAAAGGACAGUGGUGAUUUAUUAGAAGUAAACACAGAGAGUGAGAAAAGUCAGUCUGCAGCCUCUUUAGAGGCUGUCCCUGAGCUGAUGACAAUGGAUUUGGAGGAAGAGGCGCCUGGGGUGGCCUGCUACCUUGGUCAGCAACAGGAGACCCUUUUGCAGUUGCGGAGGUCUGGUCUGGUGCGCCGCCGUGCCGAGAGACUAGAGAAACUUUCAGGUUUGUCUCAGGAGAGCCUGCACUCACUGAAACCUUUGCACGAAUGCCACAGUUCUAAGAAAAGCCCCUCUCACACCGAGGAGGAGGAAGAGUUCUCUGGCUUCACAUCUUCUACACCAUGCCAAGUUCGGUUAGAGCCACUGGUGGUGCCACUGACCAAUGAAGCCUUGUUGGGGGUGGUGGGGUCUGGCUUGCUCACACCGACCUCCUCGCCUCACGGCUCCACCUUGACUCGCAGCUCCAGCAGUGACAGUCUGCGCAGCGUGAGGGGGAAACCUGGCCUCGUCCGUCAGAGGGCGCAGGAGAUCGAGACCCGCAUGCGUCUGGCAGGCCUAACCGUGCCCUCGAGGCUCAAGCGGUCCAACUCGCUGGCUAAGUUGGGCAGCCUCAAUUUGUCCUCUGAGGACCUGUGCUCAGCCUGCUCCUCAGAUGCAGGAACACUACUGCUCCUCUCGCUGUCCCCAGAGCCAGACCAUGGCCUGGAGUGGGAGUCCACCACCUCUGCUCAGCCCCGGCUCUGCAAGGACCUGCACACUCCAGAGAGAGCACUACCAGGUGAGCCCAGAAGCUGACACAUCAAGUGGAGGUUAUAUGCACUCCACGUACCCCCUCAUCUCUCACCCUGUGGAGCUGUAGAGGGUUGUACAGAUUUUGGAAGCAUGAGAGAGUCGAGUCUAAGGAGACAAAUGAAAAAAAAAACUGAACAAUGCCAACUGUCAUUAUAAGGAGCAUACACUCCUUCGCCACAUUGUUUCUCAAACUGCUGUUCACAGUGAUGAAAGUCAUAUUGCUGUAUCUGACAAGUGUGUAAAGCCAUCAGUUCACCUCUAACUUGGUUUGAUUCACGGACAAACAAGUGCCUUACGUAUGAGACCAGAGGCACAGAGCUGUGUGUUAGACUGCAGGAUGAGACGGUACAAGAAGCUCGAUAACCUUUAACUCCACAGCUGUUAGUACCUGAUAUAUGUAUCAAAUGAUGGUAUUGUAUCCAUUGGCACUUAGAUUAUUUUUACCUGUCUGGUACAAAGUGGUGGCCUGCAUUGAUGAACUCGGGUCACUCAAUGGAGCUUGACAGAAAGUAAAGUGUUAAUAAAUGUAGAGUUGUUUACCACACAGUUUAUGUUUUAGAUGCUAGAGGGUUGUAAAAUUAAUUGUUACCUCAUGUUGCAUUCAUGGAGCUCCUUGUCAGAUGAACACCGGGCUAGAGUUUAAUUCAGUUCAUUUGCUGACAUCGAGACAAAGUGAGGAAAUCACUUUUGAACUCAUUUUAAUCCAGAGGUGUAUGUUGACAAAUUAAUAUGUAACUAUAUGUGAGUCUGAGUGAGUGAAUGGGAUGAAAGUGAAGAGAGAAGGUCGUGACUUUGUUUUGCCAGAGGCAUGCUCACUGUUUUCAACAAACAAAACAGAAACAUUUGUUUGUUUGUUGUUCCUUUGCACUGCUUUUUUUAUUGUGUGAAUACUGGUACACAACAAGCUAUCUUCCAAAAUAACAUUAGAGUAAUGUUAUUGACCUCAUAAUUCCCCACAAUGAUCCUGGGAGAGCAGAGUGAGGAGUCACGCUGCAUGGCUUGAAAUCAUAAUGGAAAUGCCUAGUGUGACAGGAAAUGAUUUACAGCAGUCAAAUCAUACAAUAUAUGUGAGGUUUUUAUCCCACAUACAGAGCUCUCUGGACAUUUUUGACAAGAUAUAAACACAAAAAAAGAUAUGACAUCCAAACCUUCCUUACUUUAAAUUAGCUCAUCCUUGAGGGUUGCCAACAUUUUAAACUCAUUCGUGCUUCUUGAAAUGUGAAAAGACCAAAGUUCUUUGGCUGUCUCAACAAAUUGGAAACACCAUUGAAGCUGUACAAAACAUGUGAAUCAUCAUGUCAAUCAUGUUCGUAUUUAAAUGCUGUCACAUCUUUUUGCACCUUUGGGAGAAACGGACGAGACUCAGUGGAGUCAUCGAGGCUCAUAGCUGUUAAGCUUUUACGCUCAUAUCAUCAAUGAGUUUUAAAGCUGCGAUCACAAUAGGUUACAGUUUUGUAACCAUUUUCUUUUUAUAUUUAAGUAUGCAGUAACUUUUGUACUGUACAUUGCUGUAGUUUGAAUGCAUAUUGCACUUUUUAUGUUGGUCAAAAUAAUGUACUGUAUGUGUUAAUUAUGGAAAUAAACAUUUCUUUUACAUAAUA